AGUCCUGACACCGGCAUGGCACAGACCAAAUGACCGUGUGGUAGUUUUUGUCGCUUAAGUGGAGACUUCCACAGAGUUGUGUCUGAGGUUGAUGUCUGCACGAGCACUAUGCCGAGUUGCAGCGCUCCGUCUCCUAGCCCUCCCCCCACGGAAAGAGGUCCAGAGGGCUAAAUUUCACCACUGGGACCAUGGGCAUCGUAAGGAGCAAGAGGAAGAGGUACAGCCAGGCCCCCGGGUGGAGGGUUACCUGGUGCAGUACAACCCUGCCGCGUACCAGGUUCGACAGGGCGGGGUUCCCUCAAAGGGGGCUGACCAGGAGGAAGAGCUGCCCCGCCUCAGCCUCACGCCACCCUUCCGUCAGCAGAGCAACCCCUACAGCGUCUGCACCUCGCGGCACCUCUCCAGCACCAAGAACACCCUGCUGGACCUGGCCUUCAGCCGGGGAGACGAUUCUGGCAAGGAAACGGCUGCCCCCUUGUCCCCCGCUGAAGAUCUCUCCCCCGGCUUUAACCCCCGUGCCUUCCAGAAGUGCCGGCCGGAGUACGCCGCCGUGAGCCACGACCUCUCCCAGCGGCCUCCCGCCAUCUCUACAGAGGAAGCCUUCCUGCUGCUGCACAAGGUGAAGGUGCUGAAGGGCAGCCUGGGGCCGGCGGAGGUGGUCCACGUCCUGAGCGAGCUGGGCCGUCUGGCCCCGGAGCAGCUGCCCCUGGCCAGGGCCGACACGCGCUUCUCCAUGCUGCUCCGCUACGGCGUGGAGAGCCUGCGCCGCUUCUCCGUCGGCCAGCUGCUGGAGGCGCUGCGGGCCUUCGUGCUCCUCGGCCUGCCCGCCACCCACGGCAUGCUGGGCCUGUACGAGGCGGAGCUGGUGCGGCGGGCCGAGGAGAUGGAGCCGCAGCAGCUGCUGCUGGCCGCCGACCUCUGGCGCUGCCUGGGCCGGUCGGUCCCGCAGUACCUGGAGCAGCUGUAUAGGUGCACCGCGACCUGGGCCUGGGCCCAGCUGGGGCCGGCUGAGCUGGUCCAGCUGAUCUACCUGAUGGGAGAGGGCCGGCACUGCCCCGCCUCCCUGCUGCUGCCCCUGGAACUGCAGCUGCUCCGGCAUCUGGAGCAGCUGACGCCGGAGGAGGUGGGCGCCGUCUCCCUGGGCCUCUUUAAGUCCCAGAGCGUGCUCUCGGAGGGCACGGUGCGCCGGCUGGUGGAUCGGGCCCGGAAGGUGGUGCGGGAGAUGAGCGACUACGCACUGGUGAACGUGCUGAAACUGCUGCGCUUCAGCCACCUGGACCACCUCGGCCUGCUGGGGACCCUGGGCGAGGAGAUCCCACGCCGCGCGCCCCACAUGGGCAUCCAGGGCUUGAUGCACGUGGCCCUGGGUUGCUCGGCCCUGCAUUACCGUGACGACCGUGUGCUGCAGGCCAUCGCGGACUGCCUGCCCUCUCUUGCGCCCCAGUGCCGGAGCAAGGACGCGGGCAAGCUGCUGUGGGCAUUCGGCACCCUGGGCUUCCCCCCGAGUCAGGCCCCCCGGCUCUUCCCCAGCCUCACCCAGGCUCUGCGCCAGCGGGAGGCCGAGUUCAAGCGCUUCCCUGAGCACCUCCUGACCGGGCUUCUGGGCCUGGCCUUCGCCGGCCUGUUCCCCACCGACCUGCUCACCCUGGCCCUGAGCCCGGACUUCGUCAGCCUGGCCGCCAGCUCGCGGCAGCUGGAGCUGAAGAAGGACCUGUUCACCCUGGACGGGUCGGUGGGCCUGGAGCUGCCCGGCUGGACGGGCCCGAGGGUCAGCCGGGCCCUGGCGCAGGAGGUGACCCAGCAGCUGUGGAACUUCGCUCUGCAGGAUGUAUGCAGGAAGCCGGAGGUGCUGGAGGCGGAGCAGCUCCUGCAGGACCUGCUGGGAGGGGAGGGCUUUGUGCGCAAGCACAUGAUCCUGCCGCACACCCGCUCCAUUGACCUGGAGGUGCGGCUCGACUCCAAGGGGCACCCCCUGCCUCUCCAUUCUGAGCCUGACCAGCCCAGCACAAUCCUGGGGGGCGUUUCUGCCCCACAGCGGACCUGGGAAGGGGGCCACAUUGGGGUAACAAUCACCGAGGACCUGCUGGCUCAGCUGACUAACAUCAGACCGGCUGCGGUAAAGCCACCAGGCAAGCCACCGCAUUCCCCCGCCCUGCACAGAAUCCCGGAGAGGGAGCAGGUAGGGGCCUUCCUUAGCGGGGUGGACCUGACCGAGGGGCUUAUGGAUGCCCUGCGGAGCCCAGAAGGGAGGCCACAAAGUCCCAAGCAGCCACCACCCUGCUCCACCAGCAACAGGGUCCUGCAGCUGGCAGUGCAGGUCAGCAACAGGAACCAGUACUGCUAUCGCACUCAGCAGCUGCUGGGGCUGCAUGCUCUGAAGAGGAGGCAGCUGGUGCUGGCCGGCUACAGGGUGGUGGAGCUGCCUCCCUGGGAGUGGUUCCCACUGCUGCGCCGAUCCCGCGCUGAGAAACUGGACUACCUGCAUGCUAAAAUCUUUGGUAACCUGGAUUGAAAAACUGCCAUCUCUGCAUAUUAAGAUCUUCAACAACCCGGACUGACAAGCAGGGCUAUGUGUACUGAUCCUCCUUGUUCUGCACUCAGUAACAGGCCCUCCUUUACUGUAAGGUUUAUAGCAGCCUGGACUAAGACUGAUGUACUUAAGCUGUAAGGACUUCCUCAGUCUGGACUGAGAAACAAGCUAACAAUGAGGAUUCCAGCAGAGAAAUGGGGCUACGGUCAUUGUAAUGCCCUCUGCAGUUUGGACUGAGAUAAAACCCUUCCUGCACACACUCUACCUUCAGCAGUACAGUACCUUCCAGGAGGUACCUUUAGACCGUAUUUUCUGGAUCAUUUGAGAGCAUACUGUAUAGUUCCUCAGCUCUGAAUCAGAGGUAAAGAACGGAUUACACUGUUGAAAUUAACAGCCAACUGAAGUGGGUCUUGGUUCUUGUAUGGUUUGAGGCAUGAAAUAAAGCAGAAAUGGCUUGGUUUACAUCAAGGGUGAAUACCAGAAAAUGAGGGUACAUUUCCAUAUGUAGAGGCCGGCCCUGUGCA